CACGGCGGGCACGGGCUGAGGAGCAAGCAGGAAUCGCUGGCACGCCUCGGCUCUGCUCCGUGUUGUGUCUGUCGCUUGCUGCUGGUGCGGGGCUACUGCACUGAUUAUUUUUUUCAUCUGUGCGAGCUUCGGGUGCAAGAUGCCGCCGAGCGCGGGCCAAACGAACGGCUUUGAGUCUGCCGAUCGCUCGUUACAAAUCACGGGACCAAACACGGCUGAGCUGCAAACAGCGGCCAAAGCGGCUAAAGUGCAACUGCUGGCAGCCCUACAAUCUGUUUUGGGACUCAUCUGGCGGCGACAGGUUGUCCGCUUCUUCGCUUUCGUCACCUCCUACCUCACCCUAGUCUCCAGAUAUGGCUCGUCUAAAGUGCUGGGCGUUCUUCGCGUGUCCGUCGAAACGAAGAAGGCGCGUCCCGCAGUCACCGCGGCGCCGCUGCUGCGCGAAUUGGCGCCGUGCGAGGACGCGUGCGUACAGUGCCAGGUGCUGGUCGAGCCCGACCAACCGCGAGUGGACGUCAUCUUCAUCCACGGCCUGCACGGCUCCCUGAGGAACACGUGGCGCCAGGGCGACUGGGGCAACAGGGUGCGGACGGGCUCGCCUGCCCGCAGGGUGCUCAGGGUGGCCGGCGAUGCGCCGAGCCGCGGCGCCGUCCCUGCGUUGGUGGACGAGCCGUACGCGAACUGCUGGCCUAAAGAGUGGCUGCCGCAGGACUGCCCUGACGCCAGGGUCAUCGCCCUCGACUACACCACUGACCCCUUCCUCUGGCGCCCACUUUGGAUGCAGCAAGUCAGCAGGCCAACAUUACAACAUCGGAGCAAAGAGAUGGCCAGGCAGCUAAGAAACAUUGACGUGGGAACUAGGCCAAUUGUGUGGGUCGCACACUCAAAAGGUGGACUUUUCGUCAAGCAAAUGCUCGUCGAAGAAUUCGAGCAGCAGGAAACAGAGCAAGAAUCGUGCGUUAGUGAUAAUAAAUCAGCAGAACUUCCGCCCUUCUGCCUGCAAACCAAAGGCAUCUAUUUCUACAGUGUGCCCCACCGCGGCUCCUCGUUGGCCCUUAUCAAGACGCCACUCACCCGGAGGUCGGUGGAAAUAAUGGAAGUCGCCAAAGAUAGUCCAGAUGUGCUCAAUUUACACGAGCGAUUCCUUAAGUUGUGCCAGAACGAGCGUUUCAAGCCUGCCAUGGUCAGCUUGUUUGAGACAAAAAUGACGUUCAUGUCUGUGGUCUUCCUCAGGAUUGUGGCUCAAGAAUCUGCAGAUCCUGAUGUUGGAGAGCUUUAUGGAAUCGAUUUGGAUCACAGACAAAUUUGUAAGCCUCGCAGCAGGCAUUGCUUCCUCUACAGACGGCUGACGGCCCUCAUCGACCAAGUUCUGUGAUAUUAUCUAAAGUUAAGAACGUCGUAGUUGCUGUCGCUACCUCCUUGUGCCUUAGUCCUGCCAGGCUCCCGCGAGUUUCACCUUAAGUUAAAAUAUUCGGCACGUGAAGUAUAUUGUUCCUGAAAAAUAUAUAGUGUGCAGAAUUAUUUCAGUCAGAUGAGAAAGAGGAUGUUUAGACGGGUGGUUGAUUGACGCAUCGUCAGCCAUCACGUGGUUGCUAGACGUUUAGAAAUAUUAGCUCGCGCGCUCGCUUCGACCAGAAGAUACCUCUCAAGUUGAUACUCUAAUUUUAUGAUCGGAGAUGUAGAAACAUUUCACUCAUGAUUAUAGUGCGAUUCUCCAUUAUCUUUAGUUUUGGGAGACCAAGUUAUUUUUAAGUUCUCAAAUAAUGCCCUGUCAAGUCGGAUGCUGAUAAAAGUACAAAAUUGGUUAGAACUGACUACAUUUUUGCACUUUGGCAGUGUGAAGGGUUUAGGAAGACCUGAAACGAGCAGGCCUCAGGUCAGAAAGUCAAGUUUUAUGAUAAGAGCUGUCUGUUAUUAAAAAUUUAGGUAUACACAUACAAAACAAAUGUCCAAUUUAUAAUGCACCUAUUGUGAUUCUGUGAAUUUAAAAUGUUCAUCUAAAAUGGACCACUGCGCCACUGUGCAUUGCUACUCACUCAAGUGUUCGAUUUCAAUUUUUAAAUUGAAAUUUAUGCUGACUGCUGCGAAUUAAAUGUAAUAUUCAAAGUCAUUUUCCGUCAGCAGUGAUUGAUUUUUCUUCAUUGGACGAAUUUCUGUGAUUUGAUGUUUCUUCUAAUUAGAUCAUGAAUGUGAUUGAUCAAAUUUAUUAGCUCAGCGCUGUUUCUCAAAUCAAAAUAAACUUUGAACACUAUUAAGAAAUUAUCAGUGUCCUUCCAAUGUAUUCAAGAUCAUGUAAAUAUGAAAAUGAAACUAGAUAUCAGCAAAUUCUCUGAUAUCCAGGGCAAAAUUGUAUGGACGGGAUAAACAAUAAAAUUGAAAUACCACA